AUGGCGCUGCGAAAGAUUUGGGUCAAACGGCCUGAUGCAUCCGCUACGCUAGUAUCGAUGCAUGAGGACUGUGUCGUGGAUGAAUUACGAGAUCAUGUCUUGCGCAAAUACUCCAAUUCCCUUGGCAAAACAUAUGAUUCUCCGGAUCUAAUGGUACGAAUAUGUCCCCGUAUCUCCUCCAACCGACCGCUUGGCCCGGAUCGAAUACUCAGCCCGGAGGAGUCCCUGUUUGCUUUAAUCGAUCAGUACUAUCCUGGAGGACAAAAAAUGGACGAGGCCCUUGUCGUUGAAGCUCCUCAACGUCGAACUCCUAUGAAGCCUUCUCCUCGCCAAUCGUACCUGUACCAUGCGGAGCCCGGCGAACAAGGCGAAUAUUUUCCUCUUAUGCCUGUCCCAGUCAACGUCGGAACACCCCCUGGUCAUCCGUCCAGUUCCAAUAAUAGCAAUGUGAGUACGCACCAAACACCUUCUAUGUCGGUCCUCACGACCGGAAAGGUGCCACCUUUACUACCAUCGCCCGGAAGCCGUCCUAAUCGACACUCUCGACGGCCACCGUUUGCGCGUCAUCCGACCAACUCUCCUACACUCAUUGCUGCAUCGAAAGAUCCAAAUUUAGCGGCGACUGGGCCCCCAGGAUCUUCACAACCUUCUUUACCUACACCGCCAGCGCCAGCGGCACCCCUGUCAGAAUCUCCAACCCACAAUGCAUUGAAUGCUAGUGCGCAGGUUGCAUCACCGCGACCCGGCCGGAAGGCUAAGAAAGUAACAUCUCCGAGUACUACGACGUUUGGCGGAGUCAUUGAAGGGACCGUUCCACCGAUCAAUGUGCUUAUUGUGGAGGAUAAUGUUAUCAAUCAAAAGCUGCUCGAAGCCUUCAUGAAACGUCUCAGUGUCCGCUGGCAGUGCGCUCCUAAUGGCGAAGUUGCUGUCAAAAAGUGGCGACAAGGCGGGUUCCAUUUGGUGCUAAUGGACAUUCAACUCCCAGUCAUGAACGGCCUAGAUGCGACAAAGGAGAUUCGGCGGUUAGAACGUCUGAAUGGGAUUGGUGUCUUUUCAAAGACUGUCUCCGGUCGCUCAAGUGCCGCGUCUACUACUGAACCACCUACUGACAGCAUAGUAAAAGAAGAGGAUAUUUUAGAGGAUUUAUCUCUAUUCAAGAGCCCGGUGAUCAUCGUUGCUUUGACCGCUAGUAGUUUACAAAGCGAUAGACAUGAAGCAUUGGCGGCCGGCUGCAACGACUUUUUGACAAAGCCUAUUGGGUUUCCAUGGCUGGAAAAGAAGGUGACAGAAUGGGGCUGCAUGCAAGCACUCAUAGAUUUUGAAGGAUGGCGGAAAUGGCGAGGGUACGAGGAUACACCGCGAAAUACCACGGCCAUCCUAGAAUCCACUUGGCCAUCGCCGUCACGAAGCAACGCUGUACCAGCCGUCAAGUUGCAUGACAGCAAAGAAAGCAGCAAAAUUUCCGUUACCGAGCCAGACUCUCCUAGUAGCAGCAGCAAAGAGGAAGACGGCGAUCCUACUCCUGUUGGGUCGGCGCCCGUUUAA